AUUUUAAAAAAAAAUUAAUCAAAGUUUCAUUCGACAGAUAGUGUGUUUUAAUUGAUGAAGAAAAUUUUGUUAAAUUUGUUUACACAUUAUUUCAUUGUUAUGAUGCAAAUGAACGAUGAGAGAAAGGAUCAUAUAUACUGGUGUGUGCGCUGCCGCACCGGAUCGAUUUAGAAUGCACAAAUUGUAGUGAACCUAAUUUUCAAAUAAUCGAAAGUAUGUGAAUGAUUUUAAUAGAGAGAGUUUGAAAUGAUAAGAGCAUACAGUUUGCAAAUUCAAUUAAACUAUCGGUAUUAAAAAUAAAACUUGAUGAGACAAAUAAAUUAUUAAAAGGAAGAAUGUACGUUUGGUUCUGGUUUAAUGAGCGUAUCGUCAGGCGAAUAUUAGGGUUUCUUUGACAGAGUUUUAACAUAAUUGAAAAUGCGACAGAGUUUAAUAAUGUCAAUAUCUGGAGAAUAUUUUGAUUGAUCUAAAGAAUUAGUAGUAAUGAAUUGGAAAGUGUAUCAUCGAUCAAUACUACAAAGUGCUUCCAAUUGAAUUAAUAAUUGAAAGAUAUUUAUUAAAAAGAUACCUGGGAACAUGUUCUUCUUAUAUACAGGGUGACUCACUUAUACAUGCCUAUCAACAGAAAUAAUGUAACCAAUGCUGGGAACAACCAAUUAAUUGUGUCUAAUACAGUUGCAAGCGGUACAAACAGAAGUAUUUUAAAUUUAUCUGAAUUAAGUGAUGCUAAUCUGGCAAAGUAUAGAUUACGUUGCGGAGUUUUGGUUACGAUUGUGGCAACAGGAUUUGUAGUGGCAGCAAAAUUAUCUUUUGGUUAUGAGGGCCUAGAUUUGGAAAUAUUUGUAUUUUGUGGUCUAUUGACGCUUCUGCUACUUAUAUGUCUGUGUAUCAUUCUUUGUGGUCGUAAUCCCGAGAAUAAUAACCGUCAAGAAAGACGUAUUCAAGAGAAUCAGAUUGCAUCGUUAACUAAUGCAAGUUUAUCUACUACUGAAAAUUUAAGACCUAUACCACUUAUCAGGCAACAUCCACCACCGCCUUAUCAUAUAGCUAUUUUAAUUCCACCACCAGAUUCUUCAGAUGAAGCUGCUCCACCUUCAUAUGACAAAGUUUUCCAAUGAAAAUGUUUCUAUUUUUACUUAAUUUUUAAUAUUUUCUGCAAUAGUUUUAUGUCAUAAAAAAAAAGAUAAAGUACAAUAACAUAUACAAUUUAAGUCCAUAUAUGUACUUUCUUUGCGAUAAAGCAAACACAUUCAUAUGAGAUUUUUACAGAUAUUAAAAAAUCUUAUCUCUUUCUUCACAUUAAUAAAGAAUAAAUUAUAUUAAUAAUUGGAUAAAUUUCACAUCUGUGAUACAAACAUAGUGAUGCAAUGAAGAUACGAAACUUGAUAAUAUAUCUUAUGAUUUAAGAAAUGAUAUAUUAAGUUUUUAGUAGAAAUAUUUCAAGAAAUAAUAAAACAACAUAUAAACGAUGUUCGCAAUAGUUUGCAUUUAAUGUGAAAAGAAAAUAUGUAUUAUAAUUUUUUAUAUUUCAAUAUACAAUGGUGUGAUAUAUACAGAAUUUAAAACUAGUCUCUAAAAGUAACAUAAAAUAAUAAACAAUAAUUAUAUCUCGGAUAUAUUUGAUUCAUUUGCAAAUGUAUAAAUUGCUCGAUUGUGAACAAAAUGAUGCAUAAAAUUAAUUUAAUAUUCUGGAAUGUUAAAUUUAGUUAUUCCAGAAAAAAAAAGAAAUUAUUAUAAGAUAUUCGACGAAUAGCAUAAAAAGUAUGAUUUAUGCACAAAUAUUAAAUGUAAGACCAAGAUAAAAUCUAUUCGUUGUAUAUCCUUUCAAUAAAUUUACAAUAUAAAAAAGAAAAGAAAAAAAAAAUAGUUAUAGUUUUACAUAAAAUGAUAAUUUUUAGUCGAUGUCAGAAAAAAAUGUAUUUAAAUGCUACAUAAUAUGUAACGAUUGCACAUAUGAUCAUCAAAGUGUAACUAACUAUACUGUGUGAAUUACAUAAUAUAUAUAAUUUUAUAUAUAAACUUUUCUUAUAUAAAUUUAUAAAUUAAGAGUAUGUUUGUUACUUGUUUGUUUCUUUACUUGUUUAUGUCAAAGUGUUUACUAGAGAAAGAUUUUAUCGCAUUUUAAUUCAUAUAAAAAAGUAUGAAAUAUUUUUCUUACUUAUUUGUUGAUUCAUCGAUGAAGGUGUGUCCUCGAUGAUGACGACAAUAAAAACAGGGUCGAGCCUCUAUUUUAUGGAAAUAUCAAUCGACCAUAACAUAUUCUAGAUUCUAGAAAAACCUGCUUCAACAAACAAAUCUUUUAAUAUAUUAACAAUUAAUUUGAAUAUGGUAUCAACAAGUUUAUUAUACUGACCAAUCGUAUGCAAGUAUUGAAUAAGCCACACAAACGCGCUCAUAUUUAAAGCGCGGAUCUUUUACAGUGAAAUUCAGAUUUCUUUAAAAAGUAUAGCAAACAACAGGAGUACGUCGCUACGUUUACAACAGUACAAGUUAC